CGUCACUGAAAUACGCGACGAAGAUUCGAAUGAUUGUAUUUCUAUCUUAAUUGCUACUGAUAACCAUUUGGGUUAUUUGGAGAACGAUCCGAUUCGUGGACAGGAUUCUUUGAAUACUUUUAGAGAAAUUUUGCAGAUAGCAAAACAAAAUGACGUUGAUAUGGUUCUAUUGGGCGGGGAUCUUUUUCACGAGAAUAGACCUUCUCGAAAGGUACUUUACGAGACUAUGAAAAUACUUCGUACUUAUUGUAUGGGCGAUAAACAAUGUCAAUUGGAUAUCAUUAAUGAUGAUACUGAAAAUAAAGAUGAUAACUUUAUUAAAGUGAACUUUCAAGAUCCUAAUUAUAAAAUUGCAAUGCCUGUGUUUUCUAUUCAUGGCAACCAUGAUGAUCCAUCCGGAGAUGGAAACCUUUGUGCCUUGGACGUUCUUGCAGUUUCAGGCCUCGUGAAUUAUUUUGGUAAAACUAGUGUCGUGGAAAAUAUUGUUGUUAAACCAAUAUUGUUAAGAAAAGGCAGAACUGUAUUAGCAUUAUACGGAUUGGGAAAUGUGAGAGACCAACGGUUACAUCGAAUGUUCACAGAUGAUGCAGUAAAAAUAUAUCAACCACCUACUCCAAUAUCAAAUGAGUCUUUCAAUAUGAUG